AUGCACAAUGCGUCCGCCCUGGUAAAACAGAAGCUGCCAUCAACGGCCAAAUCCUUAGAUCGAGCUUCAUACGCCCGAAAGCUGCGAGAAUGCGCGAGCAAAGAAGCUCUUGAUCAUGUUUGCAAUGAGAUCUCUCGCUCCAACUUCAGAGGAGACACCUCUCUGGGAAACAUCCAGCUCGAAUUGUACAGCAGCCUUGGAUGCGUGGAUGGCGCGAGAUCUGCCUUCGACCGGAUUCGAACACCCAACACCUUCUCCUGGAAUCACAUUAUCAACGCAUAUACCCGGAAUGGGCAUCUCCAGCACGCUAAGGAUCUCUUUGCUAGGCUGCCCAUUCGAGAUUCCACCACGUGGAACUGUCUCAUGUCAGCAUUCUCCCGACAAGGGGAUCUUGCGACUGCCAGGUAUCUGUUCGACAGGAAUCGUUACAAAGAUACUGUCUCCUGGAACGCUAUGAUUGCAGCAUAUGCCCGAAGCGGGCAUCUAUCCGACGCGAUGGAGCUCUUUCACCGGAUGAAGCUCGAGGGAUUCCGCCCAAAUCAAUUGACCUUUCUAGGCACGAUCAAUGCGUGUUCUUCCUACGCCCAGGCGCGGACGAUCGAGCUCUCGAUUUGCGAGGCCGGGCUCGCUCCAAAUCCCGUGCCAUCCACGGCAUUGAUCGAGACCUACGCCCAAUUCGGCACCACGCGCGAUGCCUGGCGAGUUUUCAAUCGUGCGGCACCCCGGGACAAGAUCUUGUGGACCGCAAUGCUCUCGGCCUACGCCAAGAGAAGAUCCAUCGAGGAACUCAGGGCCUUGUUCCAGCGAUUGCCCCACCACGACCUCGUCACCGCCACGAUCGCGCUCUCCACGCUCGCUGCGGCCGGGAAUCUGGGCGAGGCCGAGGAGAUCUUCCGUGGAAUGCUGCACCAUGAUGGACUGUGCGAGACGAGCAUGGCGGUUGCAUAUGCCCAAGCCGGGGAUCUGCCCAAAGCGCGAGCUAUCUUUGAUUCCAUGGCCAAUCCACACGUAAUCUCCUGGAAUGUGAUGAUCACCGCCUACGCCCAGCGUGGCCACGGCCGCGAGGCGCUCGAUCUCUUCAAGCUCAUGGAGAUCCAGGGCGAGCAGCCGACAAUCGAGACGGUGAGCGCGAUCUUCGACGCUUGCGCUGCAUUAGGGCUCUUCCCACAGGGAAAGCUCCUCCACGCGAGCUUCGCCGGUUCCGGGAUCGAGUCGGACCACGUCGUGGGCACCUCCCUGGUGGCCAUGUACGGGCGCUGCGGAAACUUGGGCCGCGCUCGCGAGCUCUUUGACGCCAUGCCGUACAAGAAUAUCCUCACCUGGACGUCCAUGGUGGGGGCAUAUGCCCAGCACGGGCAUGGCCGCGAUGCCCUAGGGCUCUUCCACGCCAUGGCGCUCCACGGUGAAGCGCCCGACGACAUCGUCUUCAAGAAUGUGAUCUACGCUUGCGGCCAGGCAGGGGUCUUCGCGCAGGUCUGGAAAUAUUUCCAGUCCAUCCAGGGAGAUCACGGCAUUGCGCCAGGGAUGGAGCAUUACAAGAUCAUGAUCGAUCUUCUUGCCCGGGCGGGGAAGGGUUCUUGGCGACAAGGAGAGGGGAUCGCGAGCGGCGGGGCUGGCGACGGCGUUGGAGCCGUGUGGAGGAGGAAGCUAUGUGCUCGCAACGCAGCUUGGGGAGGAGGACGUGUCUAG